AUGAAAACAUUUUGGGAGUUUGGUGUGAAUCAUGAACGAAACGUGUGACCACCUCAUCAAAACAAAAUCUCGUCUGACUAUUUGAAAUUAGUAGAGCUGUUGUAAAAGUGUCGUGAAAUGUGAUUUUCGUGGCAUAACUGUUUUUGUGUCCGCGACGCGAACCGUGAGUCAUACAUCCUUUCUUUGCUUGUUAGCGAGUAACAUGGAUAUCCCAAUCCCAAAACCUAGAAGAAAUCCACAGUUAAAACCAAGUCAGGACGAGGCUCCUAAAAAGCCAGUCCCUUUACCAAGACAAAGACAAGGAAAGGGUUCCGACUGUGAUAGCAGUGAAACGGAUAAUGUGACAGCAGACAGAAGUAUGAAACAUUUAGAUCGUUCUCCGUCGAAGCAGCCGUCGUCGAGGUCCAUAAGGAAAGAAAUUGAAGCUGCAUCGGAAGCAGUACGGGAGAAAGGAAGGACAGCAUUUGGUAAUACGAAGAAUGCAAGCUUGAAACUGGAAAAAUCGUUUCGUAGCAUUGGCAAAAGAUUAACAGUGCAUUCUCUUGGUAAAAACACCGAUGUCGGUGUGGAAGAACCCAAAGUAGAGAGGAGCCAUUCACUUCCUGCCGAAAAUAUUUUUCAGUCAAUUUCUUUUAAGUCACCGUUGGUCGCAGAUGAUUCAGCUGAGACAUUAGUAAACCUAUGUGAACCAAAUGAUGACGAUUUUCAGUCAUUUAACGCGCCUCCACCCAUAUAUCCCCCGCCCCCAUUACCUGAUGAGUCUGUGUAUGAUGAAGUUCAGUCGGUGUUGAGCCAUUCAAGUCUAGCAGAUGAUGAAUGUAUCAGAUGUAGUAGUGCAGCAUCUUGCCCAGACAGCGCCUCUGUUUAUGAGGAGGUAUCAAUCUCAAAUAGAAGAAUUGUGACGGCUAAAAGUAUGUUGGGAAACAACGAUGUUCAGGCGGCACUUAGAAAGUUGUCCAUAUCUGAUACAUUGCCAUCAUCCGGUUCAUCAAAAUGUUCAGAGAUGGCACUUGACAGUAAGUCUAGACAUGACAUGGCAAGCAUUUUUGACGAGAGCCUUGUCAGCGGAAGAAAUUCUGUUAGCAACAGUAGUAUAUCACCGUCAUUACUUAGUGAAUUAGACUUGUCAGAAUAUAAUACUAGCCCUGAAGAAAUAUUUGAAGAUGACCGAUACAGUUGUUCUAUGCAGUCCAAUGUAUCUAGUGCUUUCAGUGUUCAGAAUGAACUUUAUGAUAAGUGGGAACCAGAUCUACUGUCAAAACCACCAGGAGAUUUAUUCAGGAAAAAAGGAGAAACAAGACGUGCUGGUUUACCAGCAAAUUCAGUAAUAUAUGAAUUUGAUCCCUUGUUUAAAAGUACUCCUGAAUCAAAGAAUGCUGCUGACAUUGAGUUUCAGUCACUGCUGCUGGGUGAUGCAACGGCAGUAGCAACAGAUUCACCAUAUGGAAAAAUUAGCAGAGUUAUAUAUUCUACAAUUCCUGAAGCCCCCAAGGAAUGUCCCCCUAUUCCACCUAGGAGAUCAGACUCUGUUACUGUUAAUCCUAAAGUAACUGGUAGUAUUGUUAUUGAUGACAGUGUUAUACAGCAAGAUUAUCAGAAUAUAAGCAGGAAUGUUCCUGCAUCAAUAGAAACUGUAUUGAUAGUUGACCAAGCACCAGAGGGGAGAUCUGUCAAUGACUCUGUUUCUCAAGUAGUCAGUACACCAGUCAAAUCGAGAAAAUCAUUGGUAAGGUGGUCAAGCAUGAAAAAUGCUAUGAAAUUUGUAUCAGACUCUUCCUGGUCACCCACUCUCACAAGACGUAACAAUAAACUUGAGAAGACAAAAAAGCAAGAAGCUUCUUUGUUUUAUGAAACUGAUUCACAGGCGGACCUGGAACCGCCAUUAGUGCAACCACAGAUGUCUAAGUUGCACAGUGGGCUCUUGUAUAGAUUAAACAGCAAAAAAUCAAAUGAUUAUGUUGAACGCUGGUGCAGCUUAGCAGAAGGGAAAUUAUCCACUUAUAUGGACAAAAGUAUGAUUGUCGUUAAAGAUGUAAUUCAGCUGGCAAGUGUUAUGAGUAUACAUGUUGUUCUGGACCACAAGAUAAGCUGUGAUGGUGAUUGUUUUGAAAUCACGUUAGUUAAAGGCCAGUCCAAUACAUUUGGCACCUCUGGAUCUGCCGAGCGUCGCAUAUGGAUGCAGAAAAUAUUAGAAAGUAUUACUUCAGUUUUUCCUACAAGGAUCACAGCAGAGUACACACGAGCAGGAUGGUGUUUCUUAAAGGAAGGUAUUAAUGGGAUAUGGCACACUGGAUGGAUUUUAAUUACUGAGAGAACACUUCUGUAUUGCAUUACCAAUGGUGCUGUUCAAGAAGCUGAUCUGCGGAAGGCAAGAUAUGUUGUUUUGCAACCAGUAGAAAAAGAUUCAGUUGUCCCACAAGUAUUAGAAAAUGGUCCUCUCGUGGUUGCUGAUUUCCACACAGGGCUAGCCUUGUACCUAAGGUUAAAUAUACAAAGUGAAGCAGCAGCAUGGCAGAAAGCAAUUCACAGAGCAGCAGUUAAUAAUGGCUUGCAUCUCCAUGAGCAGCAACUGACUCGAGAUGAUGUUCCUGUUAUUGUUGACAAAUGCAUUAAUUUCGUAUAUGCUCAUGGAAGUUUGUCUGAAGGCAUAUAUCGACAUGCUGGAAAAAACUCAAAUGUUACACGGCUUCUUGCAUUAUUCAGAAAAGACGCAUGGCAUGUUCACCUUGCCAAAACAGAUUUUUCAGAGUAUGAAGUUGCAACAGUCUUGAAGCGAUUUUUCAGAGAGUUACCUGAAUGUCUCUUCACUGCUGAACUUCAUGAUUAUUUAUGUGAAAUUGCCGCUGGAAAGUAUGGAAGGGAGCGCACCACUUGGUACAGCAGGGUCCUUGAGAAAUUACCUCCAAUAAAUUAUGUAACUGCUCGAAAGUUGGUUGGCCACCUCUAUUUUAUACAUGAACAGUGUGAAAAAAAUCGAAUGCCAGUUGAUAAUUUAGCGGCUAUUUGGGGACCUACGCUCAUGCAUGUGGAGUCUGAUGACACACUGGAUGCUUCUCAGGCUGAAGUUUCUGUUGUGGCAGAUUUAAUCAGGCAUUAUCCAGAACUGUUCAGGGUUGAUAACGAGGAACUGCAACGGGAGAAACGCAUGCUUGAAAUCCUAGAGCGCUACCACCACAGCAAUAACAACAUGUCUGUGAAGCAGACAGGAGAAUUUAAAGUCUGGAUUCAUUUAGAAGCAAAAGAUUCUGGAAAUUGUGUUAGUGUAACGAUUGGCCCACAGAAAUCAGCUGGUGACAUUUGCAUGGAAUUAGCCAGCAAAAUGAACUGGCCUGGGCACAGACUUGUUCUUGAGGAAGUGAUAUGUAAUGGUGAGCUGACAAGACCUUUACACUACACAGAAAAGGUCCUUGAUACUGUUCUAAGGUGGGGAUACUGGGACGAUGCUGAUCGCAAAGAUAACUGUUUGGUGCUGUGCAGGAACACAGUUUUGGAGGAAGUAGCUCCUCUUGCAAAACCUCCACUCUCAAUGUGUGGUGAACUAAAAUUUGCUGACCGGAAAAAUAAGUCAUUCAAGAACUUUCUGUUUGAGUUUAGUCAAGCUAAACUUUGCUAUUACAGGGAUAAAGAUGGAUCCAUAAAAAUAAAUGAAUGGAAAAUUGAAGAUAUUGUAUGGUAUGUUGGACAUGAAUCAAAACGAAAUCCACAUAUGAGGUGGGCAAUAACUUUUGUGGAGAAAAAUGGCAAAAGAAAUCGGUCAAAAGAAACUCCGUAUUUUGGAUACACAAUUGCUGGUUCAUCUCGUGAAGAGCAGCUGCGUUGGAUGGCAGCUAUGUUAAUAGGUGAAUAUCCACAAGGAAUUUUGCCGUCACCUAUGCUGUUAGAAUAAAUUGUAAUCAUAUUAUCUGGGUACUGUUUUAAGAAGGUCUUCGUCCAGUAUUGUUGCCUUUCAAAACAGGAAAAGACAAGUCUGCUUCUGUGACUAUAAUCAUUGUGGACAUAGAGCAUUCUUUUUAAUGUAAUCAAUGCAGCCACUUUGCUUGUAUGUUUUUUUCUAAUUUUUAUCCCCAUCAAAGUGAUAUUUAUACAAUAUCAAUUUAGUGAUCACUUGCUUGGCAAGGAUGGAGAGAUGCACUUUUAACUUCAUUGUUAUGUAGAUAAUUUGUCAGUUUUUGGACAAUUUGUUGUCUUUACAUUAUUUUCAUUGUGGCUUGAUACUGAAAUGAACUGAUAUAAUGAGCAAACAAUUUGUUUUUGAUGCUAUAUUACCUGAAAAUCGAAGU